CCUGCCUUACUUCGGUCGAAGUAAUAAAUUUCUUUUGGGCCUUCAGCCUCCCACUCUCCAGACGCCUGGCUGCAGGCGUGCCCCCCAGAUCUUGGUGCCGAAAUCGCUGCCGCGGUGCCGAAGGUCGGGCCUGCCUAGUCGCUAAAAACUAGCUGGUAGAGGUGGCCUGCUUACAUAGUUAACCAAUUAGCAAAGCCAUACUAGAAGCUUUUUCCAUUUUCUGAGUGUGAGUGCACUUUUUCGCUCAAUAGCUGCUGCACCUAGCAAAUUCGGGGACCGACCGGGCAUGCGGCUUGUGGAAAUGUUUGAGCACAACUUCAUGCGGCGACAUCUAGAGACGACGGAGCUCGUUAUCACAUCUGCUGACGUCGCUGGCGAAGCAAACACGGGCCAGAGAGAUCCACCGCCGAGCGCCCUUUCGGGGUAUACUGCUGGCUAGCUAGGGCGCGACCAACAACGAGUCCCCGGUGACGCUGACAAGCUGGGGACCGGAAGGAGCUAAGCCAGGUAUCGUCACAAUGUUCAUCUCGGGACGCCGCAGCGAAUUUCGCUAUCGUUGCGCGCUUUUCCUUUUGUGCGUAGGUUUCAUAUUGUUGGCCUGCGUCUACCGGGCUCAGCAGAUCAUAUCGAGCCCAGUGCGACCGACGACCCUCCUGGGGGUUGCUUCUUACUCCGCAGACCCCAUCAAGAUAAAGUUCCUAACCCGUUACUGUUCGGCACUAGAGUAUAUCACGGAGCGCACCAAGGACACAGGGGUGGCUUCUGUGUUUCUUCCUAGUUGUAAUCGCUCGGUGGCUCUGGCUCGAGGGUUAUCGGAUGCUGCAAUAGCUGUGAUAGAAAUCAACGCAGCAGGAAAGAAGACGCUCAAGAGGGCUCUCGCGUGGCGCCAGGAGCAUCCGGCAGGAACUAGCUUGACAGUGAAAAGGCUAGGCUGGUUUUCCCACGAGCCACCAAAUUUCGAAACCAGCAGGCAAACUGAGCGCCAGCGCUUCGACUUCUGUUGGGGCUAUGGUGUGCAGUGCGCUGGAUUCGCCCCAGUCGGGCGGGAAAUAUGGGACCGAAGUGGAAAAGCUGUAGCAAAACUCGUUCAGAACUUCGACCCACAAAGGAACUUUCGAGAACGCGAGCGGGCUAUUUACUUUUGCCAGGGGAAUUGCCGUGGAUCACGCGUGGCUAAGGUGUGGGAGCUCUCAAAGGUGUACCCUGUGCAUGCGCCUUGCAAAUGUCUUAGAAACAUGCCGUCUGCCUGUGAAGGAGGUCCCUGGUACAAGGACAUGGAAGAAAUUGCCGGGCGCGAGGCGAGUGCGCCGAUAGUGAGAGCGGACGGGCGCGGCACGCCGUGUACGUCAAAGCUUAGCACACUGUUCUACUCAUCAAUGGAGAACGCGCCUUGUACUGGGUACGUGUCUGAAAAGCUCGCGGUCGGGCUUCUAUCGGGCGGCAUACCCCUGGUGCGCGACCCGCGCAAACUCGUCCACUACUCCCACCGCGCGCCCCCGAAUUCCUAUAUUAAUAUUGAUAGUUUCGACACAAUCGAGGAUGUUGGCGUUUUCCUUAGGCGCAUUGCAUCUAACUACACUCUCUAUGCGAGCUUCCAUGCCUGGCGCAAAGCCGACCGCGCCCUUGACAUUCUCUACCCCCAACGCUCCUCAAUUGAGGGACAGCUCUGCGACAUCACUGCUCCUCACGUGGUCCCUCCACACGAGGAGAGCUGCGUGUAAUAAAUGGAAUAUAUCAUUGGAAGUAGACUUGCCAAAAGUAAUCAGAGUCGCCCACUACACGGCACUAUCGAACUGGCUUCAAAAUGGGCCCAGCAGCUCCGAAACGCGAGCAGAGAGCCGAAUCCAGCGGAGACCUACUAUUGUCUCGCUUCAUUCACAUUCUCGCAAACGCUGCAAUGCUUAGAUAGAAGUUGCACUCCGUGGUCCUUGAUCCUUUUACUUAUAAAUAUAUAAAUUUUUCAAUUUCAGCAACCACUGGAUGACAACUUAAACUUUGAUCACGAACUAGAACUGUUUAUGAUACCAUACUCCGCCUCCCCAAUCUCCAUCUCCGGCUUGGUUAGUGGAUAUGUAUUGGCGGCGCUGUAGAACAAUGCCUAGCUGUUUGACGUGAGAAAUACUUGAUAAUUAUUGACCUUAUGAUUCACGCCGUCGUGAAUUUAUUAGCCCUUCUAGAUUUGCUACUUAAUAUCGCUGCUACAGGAGCGAGUCAACAGCUUCAUUUUUAACAUUUUGACUCGGGGUUUGAUACUUAAAAGAAGAUCGGUGAUCAGAAUGUUACGUCUGUAGCCCUUGUUUGGAG